ACAUUCUGAGUCAAGCACGUAACAACCCAGAGGUCAAAGUGUCCUUGGUUCUUGACCAGAAUAUAAGAAAUUUGAAAGAGAAGAUGACCAGUGUAAAUGUGAUUUUACAAUCUCACAUGAAGAAGAAUGAUAGAUUGCGGCCCAAGAACUACAUGAUCUCAGAUGACCCAAAGCUUUCAGUAUACGAUUACAGCGGAGAUGGACAGCCUAUCAGAAACAUCAACAUUGGAGAAGGAACAACGCUAGGUGAUGAUGAAGACUACAAUUUACAUUCGGGUAGCGGCAGUGGUUCAGAGGAAGGUGUGGAUACCACAAUUGACAUGGGAAAUCCUAGAGACAAUGUUGAUGUUGUACUCAUACCCAACAAUUCAGACAGAGAACAAUAUGAUAUUGAGCAGCAGGGUGGCAGUCUUGGUGACACACCUAGAACACGUGCACCGCCUCACAAACAACAUGUUUCCGAUGACAACAGUGGUACUUCUGGUCUUCAGUACUCUGUUACCAUGAUCUUUUCGUUAUUAAUGAUUCAUUUUCUACAACAACGGAGAUAGUUGAUUUUUUGUUAACUGUUGAAUGCCAUAUUAAUAUUGUUAACAUAAAGUCUUCAUCCGAACUUUGAAGAAUUUUGUUUCUUUUGAAAAAGAGAGGUGAACAUUUCAAGGUCACAUUGUUUCUGUUGCACCAAGAGGUGUAUCAUGUUGGCAAAGGUUAAGGUCAUAUGUUAAUCUCAAUGCCUUUUGUGAGUAAAUUUUUAUGUAUUAAGAAUUAUUAUGUUCAUGUUUGCUGUUAAUUUGUUGCUAUGGUAACAUUUAAAUAUUCUAGAGUUAUUGCAAUAAAAUCUUAACAUAAAUGAAGAUUAUGUGAAAAGUUAGUGGAUACAUAAAAUGUUAAAAAAAAACCCAGAUAUUUUAGCAAACUGAAAUUUUAGCAAUAUUUCUGUAUGUAGCAGGGAAAUCCUUAAGGACGUAUGCUAGAAUUUGGUGCGAAAAUUUUCCCAAUAACAGAAUUUCUUCAAACUUUGGAUAUUGAAGGACACUCAUCUAAGAAACAAAAAAAAUGCAAUAAAAAUCAUAGGUCACCGGUAUCGAAAAAGAGUUAUCUGCCCUUGAAAACGGCAUUUCCCCCAAAAAUGACGUUUUCAAGGGCAGAUAACUCUUUUUCGAAUACGGUGACCUAUGAUUUUUAUUGCAUUUUUUUGUUUCUUAGAUGAUUGUCCUUCAAUAACCAAAGUUUAAAGAAAUUCUGUUAUUGGGAAAAUUUUCGUCCAUCUCAUAUACAAGGAAUUCUAGCGUACGCCUUUAACUGGUAUGAUUUUCUAUGAGGAGUACAAAAUAAUUAUAGCAUUUGGUAAAUUUCUUGAUAGUAUAAUUGUCUGAUUAUUGUUUCUACGUGUAUUCAGAUGCUCUUUCCGUACCAAAAGAACCAUUUGACUUCUUACUCUGUCUGCCGAUAUAAAAAAAAAAGUUUUUUGUGCAUGAUAUGUUCAUUUGCGUGUGAUUUUUUUAUCACAAAGAAGAUUCAGAAUUAUAUAAAAUCACUUGACAUGCAAUAACUCUAAACUUCAGUUUUGAGAAGUAAACAGCAUUUUAUAAGAUAGGUCAUUGUGGAGUGACAACACAAAAUAAUGUUGAUUCUAUAAAAAACCUGUCAAACAUUGUCAUGAAUUAUCCAAGUAUUGUGUUUGCUUGUUAAGCUGUAAAUAGUAAUGUAUAGUGGUAUUUGAAAUACAUGUUUAUGGUGACAUGUUUAAGGUGCAUUUUUUUUCACGUUAAAGAAAAGUUAGCACAAUUUAAGAAUAAGUUGGCUCAGAUUACUGUGAAAUCUUUAUUACCUGUGGCGGACUAAUUUUUGAAGAUUUUCCAGUAGCAUAAAUCUAGAAGUUUAAUCCUCACAAGUAAGAUUGCGAUUUGAAAUCCACGAGUUCAUAUCCCCACGUACAGCUAAAUUAGCCAAAACCACCAAAGUUUUAUGCCAGAAGUAAAUGAUUUUGCCAUAUUGCUUAUUAACCUUUAGCCUGCUGGCUGCAAGUGGUUUUGCCUUUGCGGUCAGUGCAGACCAAGAUCAGCCUGCACAUCUGUGCAAGCUGAUCAUGGUCUGCACUGUUUGCUAUUUAGUUAGUAAAUUUUCAGCGAACAUCCCUUGAAACAAAAAGUGGAUCUGCCCAAAUUGAGUGAUUGACCUGUCUAUUUUAGAAAUUUAGCAGGGUAAAGGUUAACAAGAAAGAUUUCAUAUGGAACUAAUGACACCAGCAAAUGUGAGCCAUUAUAUAGAGGUCUUUGUAAAUACCAUCUAUGUUAGCCUAUAAGAUGCAUUUUUAGGAGACAUCGCACACUUUUUAGGGUCAUAUUUCUGAUGAAAUGUAAAACGUUCAAGAAAAAAAAGCAUUUCUACAUUUCCUUUUAUGAUAUCAUCAUCAUGAAAAUAUGGCCGCAUCUUAAUACAAGGGUUAGUGUUAACCAUCUAGAUCGCCAGUGCAAAGUCACGAUGCGUCAAGUGAGUGUGCCUUAUAGGCAAAAACAGAUGGUAGCUUAUAUUUUAUGCAAUAAGUAUUUUUAAUCUCAUUUUACCAUGAAUUUGAGUAAAUUUUUGUUACAGAUAUAAAGUGCUAUUUAAAAAAAAUAACAUUGAGUUUAAUAUAUUGUAUGUUAUAGCAGUCAAAAGGUCCAACAUGAAAAAUAGGGCAGUCCUUCCCUUUGCAUAAUCCUUUUGUUCUGUCAUGUGUAUGUCAAAAUUGUUUACAAUCUUUUUUAUUUAGUAGAAUUUAAGUUUGAAAAAACAGCUAUUUAUUGCUAUUUUUUGAUAGACCAAAUUAAAAUUUUUACUGAAACUUAAGCCAGAUAUUUUUAUCAGCCAGCAAAAUAAAAUGUUUUUGCAUUAACUGCAGUUACAAUUUAAACAGUUUAAAACGUAUGAUGUUCAAUGUCUAAUAUUAUAUUCUUGGUUAUAAGACUACCACAUUUUUAAGUCAGGAUGCUACUUCUGAGUUAUAUGAAUUUUGUUAUGAAAGAAUUAAUCUGUUAAAAAAUAUAUAAUUAAACAUUUAAAAAUAUGAUGUAUUGUUCGUCAAUUUUUUCACAAGUAGAAUAAGUUGGCUUAUUGUUAUAUCUUGGCAGUACCUAUUUUUGUUUCAGCUUUUAUGUAGUAAUUUGUGAGUACCUUAAAAUGAAAAACAGUUACACAGAAUUCUCACGUAACAUUUAUUAACAGGUGCAUAAUUAUACAUAUAUACUUAGUUGUGUAUAUGUUACAGAAGUAAUUACUUGGCUGUAUAUAAUAGUAUCUUAUAUUUUGUAAAUAAACUAGAAUGGUUGACAGCUGGUUGUAUAUUUUAAGAAAAAAGUUUUUUUUUGAUUGAUGUGUCUAACACAUGCAGUUAGAAAGAUUUAUUAGACCUAACCCUCAUUAACGGGCAUGGUUUUCACACGAUUGAUGAAAAACACCCGCCUUACCCAGUAUUCAGUUAAACUGAAACACUUUUAGCCUAAGAGUGCAUGGUAUUGCCUUGAAAUGAAAUACUUCUUUGAUCAAGAAUUCACCAAAUUUUAAGCAUGUUUUAGUUUAUGAUUAUUAUUUGCUAGCUUCAAUUUUAAAAAAAGCUUUGACCCCUACUUUUGUAUUUAGAAUAUUUGUAUUCAUAGGGGGCUGCAAAGGUAUAAAUACACAUGGUCAGUAUAAAGUAGGUAUACAGGUGAGUGAGUGUUUUCAAAACCAAAAUGAAAGUUUUUUUUAUCAGCAUUACAGUUUGGGCUGGGUAAACAAAUAUUUACUAAAACUGAACUUUUUGUUUUAUCAUAUCUUAUGCAUAUUGUUAAAAUAAGAUCAAAAGUAAAGUGUAAAACUUGUAUAGUUUAAACAGCAAGUGUUAUAUGGAAUAUUACUGAGUCUAAGAAUAUUAUAUUUUUCUCAUUACCACCAAAAUAGUAGAUCAGUUUUAUUUAAUGUAAUGCAAAUUUUUGUGUAGUGCCUUAACAUAAUACACAGACUUAAAAUGGUGUCCUCCUUUAUUAUUUCCAUUUAUUUGAAAAUAUCCCACUCGGAAACAACAGUCACUCACUUGUAAACCUGCAGAUAAACAAAAACCUCAGGUUUGCUUCAGUGGUUGAAUGUUAUUCUGUUGAAAGCGGUAGUAUUAUAUUUAGUGUGUUUGAUGUAAUGAAAUCAAAUUUCAGUGUAUAUAUAAUUCUUUAUUUAGAAAAAAUGUCAAUAUUUGUUAUUUUACUUUUUUAUAAUUUGUUACAAAAUCUGUGAUUGCUUUAGUGGUUUUACAUUUCAUACUUUUAUCUUGAAAUUGUUUUGGUUCGUUGAUAUGAAAAAUCAUGAAAAUUAUUGUGUAGAAGGUAGCAAAGCCUGUGUGAAAUCAAUUAUUAAAAUUUGCUUUUUGUUGUUGUUUAAAGUUUCUAAAACUUGUUAGUAGACCAAUCUCGAAACUAGCAUCUGACUGGUUGUUCCUGAGAUAAUUUUGAAAUUGACCAAUCAAAAGUUUGCAUUAUGAGACUGGUCUCCAAACUCAAGUUUUACAACCUUCAAAACCAGUGCUAAUUAAGAGCUCAAGACUUCCAGUCUAACAGAAGUGAGUCUGAUCCCUGUGCAAGGUGACUGGUUUCCACAAUUUGACAGGAAAUAAAUCUGCUGUCAGGUCCUCCACCAGUGACUCACAUGUGGCAGUUGUCUGUUCUUUUUGGACAACAAGUUAGUACUGGUAAAGAAUCCAGGAAUACUUGUAAACUUUCUGAAAUACUGUAAAAAAAUGGUGUUAAAAACCCAUUUGAUACAAAGCCAGUGCCAUAUAGGUCUAGAAAGGUUAAGCUAUCUAGUAUAUAAAUGAAUGCAUGUUGAAAGUAUGAAAUGUACAGCCAUAAAACAUUUAAUAAUGUAAAUUUAUAUAUUUUAAUCCAAUCCUAUAGAUAUGUAGAAAAAUUGUAAAUGUAUGUUUUAAUAUUGUUAAAUUUGUUAUGCUGUUUAGUGUAUGAUGCUGAAUUUUUGUUGUAAAUACAUGUUCUUGAAUGACUGCUAGGAAAUUUUAAGUUUCAUCUCAUUAAAAAAAACCAUUGUAACUAAAGUCCACUGUGGACUAGAGGCCGUGGUUGUGUUUGCGAUGGAUCUGUUGUUCAGUAACAUUCUAGUAAAGUUCUUAAAUAGCAUUAACGCCGAUACAUGUAUAAAUUCUAAAGAAUGUGAAUAUGUGGCCAUUGACGGUCAAAUCACAAAGUAAAGGUCAUUUGAAAUUUACCCUUUCUAUAUUCAUUGUUUUAUUUCAAACUUCAUUAGACAGAAGCUUAUGAAAUUUAGGGCUUGCUUAUCACAAACAUACUCAAGUUUUGAGAUUUUUCAAGAUUAGAUUGUUAAAUGGGUUUCAAGAGUGGCCUUUCAUAUUUUAACCUACGAAACUAUAUAGAUAGAUAAAAUCUCCUUUUAGAUAUAAAAAUAUUAUACAAGUUUAAAAAAACUUAUUUAAGUUGAUUAGUUUUUUUUGCAAAUUUAAAUAUCCUUGCAUAGAAUACGUUUAUUUUUGUAAGCAGGACCAGAUUGAGUAAGAAUACCCUAGCAAAUUCUAUUCUACAAACUUUAAAUGAACUGCAGUUAUAUAUGUGUAGUUAGUUCAGUUCAGACAUAUGAUACCCAUCAUAUGUCCGGAACUAUACAUAUUCACUAAGAUUUUGGUACGAGACCUGUCACACGAGUCUAGCACCUUACAGAAAUAUUCACCAAGAUUUUGGUAUGAUACCGGCCACACAUGUCUGGCAUUUAACUUAGAUUUCAGUAUGAGACCUAUCAUGUGUAUGGCUCAUAACAGAAGUUUACUUUAUUUGAGAACCUAUUGUUAUGUUAGAAGAACACUUUCAUCUGAGUUAAGUUUGACCUAGAUGUAAGUUUGACCUUGGUGUAAGUUUGACCGGGAAACAUAAUAUCUUUUAUUUGCAUUAUUGACUACUACUGAAUCAUUUUGACUAUGUAUCAGAUACUUUAUUGUUUGAAUUGACUAUUGCUAGGGAUAUAGUUAUGUUUAUAAACAUAUAUACAAAAUUCACUGAAAAAAAGUACAAUCAGAUACCGAGUAGAUAGCAGCUUUGGUUGGAUUGAAAGGCAGACUUCUUUAAAGGUUUGUCUUAAUAAAGUUUCUACUUGUAAAUCAAAUUUUGUACACUGUAGUAAGGGAGUGUGUAUCGUGAGUGUUCCAAAAGUCAUGUCUUUCAUUUUUGAUUUUUUUUUAAACACAUCUUUUUACAUUUCUUCUUUUAUCUGUAUGUAUUUCAGAAAUAUAGUAUCUUUCAUUAAUUUCUUCAAAAACCAAAUAUUAAAUACCGGUAAGAGUAUUGUUAGAUAUUUUCGCAAGAAAAAAGUUCUUUAAAUUACCGGUACUGGUAAAAAGCAGUCUAAUAACGCCAAGUUUAAAUCUUCACAAAAGCUGUUAAGUUUCCCUAUAAAUCAGAGUUUUUGCAAGGAGUAAUUUUAGAAAAAUAAUGAAGAAAGUAUAAUUGUCAAGGAAAAUUUACCCCUCACAAAAUUUCUACCUUUACAGUACUUAUACACAGAAAAUUCAAUCAUGAAAGGAAAGAAUAUUAAUUUAUAAGUUGUCCAUUUAUAAUUUCUGUUGAUUUUAAUGUUUUAAAUUUUGAUUUUUUCACAAUUUAAACAGGGUUAACUUUAAACUCCUUAAGAGAGUCAGCCAAUUUUCUUGGCUCCUCAAGGAUAUAUUUACUUGAAAAUAACACAUUUACAUUGCUGAACAGAGAAUUUCAAUACGGGCUUGUGAAACAUGUAUAUAACGUGCUAUCUUGUAUUCUGAUGUCAUUCAUCAAAAUAUCAAAAAGUUACAUGAAAAUGCUUGAAUAAAUGUGAAAUAUA